CACAACAUUACGCGCCGCGUCGCCGCGCGAACGUAUGAACGGAACGUAUUUUCGAAUUUCGAAUUGAGUACCUUAGCUCGCGGCGUUCGAUUUCAAAAACAAAGUUUAGCUAAUCUGUGGUGUAUUUGAAAAUUUACAAAAAUGGAGGGCUGCGGAAUGAAAUGCAUAAAAUAUCUAUUGGUUGUUUUCAACGGAUUGUUUUUGAUCUUCGGCAUCGUGAUCAUAGCAGCAGCAUGCGUGGACAUGGGUAUGAUAAAGGGUUUCGCCGGCAUGGAGCCGACUGGCCACGAGACUGAUGCUGUGCUGAUUGCCAUUGGUGUUCUCAUCAUCGUGAUAGCCGCGUUUGGGUGUUUCGGAGCAUGGAAGGAGAGCCCGAAGUUGUUGUAUAUCUUCGCGGGUUGCCUCAUAAUUAUCAUACUUCUGGAGUUGUCUGUUGGGAUCGCGGCUGCAGCUCUCCGUCCCCAGAUCGAAGGCACACUCAAAACUCAGCUCCGGGCUUCAUUCAUCAAGAACAAGUCGACCAGGGAAGAAGACUCGUCCUACAGGGACUUCUGGGAUCGGAUCCAGACUAACCUCGAAUGCUGCGGUAUCACCGGCCCGGACAACUAUGGCGCUUCUGAGCCACGCCUGAACCCCUCAUUCAGCUGCUGCCCCUCUGAUGACUCCAAUCGAGAUGACCAGAUCAAGCGCUCCGACUGUCUCUCCCUCGGGAAGUACUACAAAGAAGGCUGUGAAGAAAAGGUGCUGAGUACCGUGCACAGUGCUGGCAUGACCGUCAUAGUUUGUGGGAUUCUCUUCUGUUUCCUAGAGGUGGCGGGAAUUGUGCUCGCUUUAUGGUUGGCUCACGCCAUAAAGACGCAAGGGAAAAGCCGGGAAACAGCCUAAAUUAAGUCACAGUAGAUUAAUGACACAUGUCAGUUAACAGUUCACAUUCUGCAGUGCACAUAUUUGUAUGGUAGGCGUGUUAGAGUGUUAUAUCGAUAAAUUCCUUUUUAUUGUACAAAUGUUUAGCGUACUGCCUCGUCGUUUUAAUAUUUAUACAUGUAGGUAGAUUGUUUUUAUUACGUAUAAUGUUGGAAAUAUGUCAGUACUUAGAUAUAAUGAUUAUUAAUUUUUGUCUUUUUAAGUUUGAGUAAAAAAAUACAAUACAUGAGAUUUUGAUUCUAUUUACAUCAUCGUUUCACCAUUCGAAUUAUUUCAUAUGGAUAUAGAUAGAUACAACCCAAAUGUAGGUGAUGCUGGUCAUUAGUUGAUAAUGAAACAAAAACAUUAUAUCGAUAUGCUAUAAAUAUUAACGAGAACACGUUAAUUAUUAUUGCAUACAUUUAAAAAUAAACUUGUGUUGAUGUGAUGUACAUGGUAUGAGUCUUUUGCUUACUCAAUUCGAUUGAUAGAGAAAAAAUAAAAUUAGGCAGGAAAUCAUAAGUGAUACUAACUUAAUAGUAUUUUUUUAAAUAUAGAACCGCAAUUUGACUGUAUGUUGCCAGCAUAUAGGAUUGAGAAAAUAAUCACUACGUUUUUACAAAUCAGUUUUCAACAUUACAUGUAAUAUAAAUUAAAUUCUUAUUAUUUUAUAUAAAAAUACUUUCGUAUUUAUAGAGUUACCAUAUACGAAUAGAAUGAGAUUGUCUUAUUAAUGAAUUGCAAUAGUAUUUUUUAUAUAAUACAUAAGGUAGAGUCAGGUACAGUCAGCAUCAAAUAUUGUUGUAACAUUUGGGAUCUCAAAUAAAUCUAUGAAUAUGUUAAA